UGCCCCCAGUAAUGUCCCUGGAGCUGACUGGGGACCCGUGCCACCCCCGGGGGUGUCCUAGUGUCCCCGGUGACCAGGUGUGUCCCCACAGCCACCCCCGAACCUGCAUGAAGUGUGGGAAGAGCACAGCAGUCCUCGUCAUCCGUGUUGGGGAUCCCUUCUGCCGCGGCUGCUUCCGUGACUACUUUGUGCACAAGUUCCGCGCAAUGCUGGGCAAGAACCGUGUCAUCUUUCCAGGAGAGAAGGUGCUGCUGGCACUGUCAGGGGGCUCAGCCUCCAGUGCCAUGGUCUGGCAGGUGCAGGAGGGGCUCAGCCGGGAGACAGCCAAGAGGCUCCGCUUCAUCCCUGGUCUUGUCUAUGUUGAGGAGGGAGCUGUGCGCCGGCAGAGCCCGGAGCAGCGAGAGCAGACCCUCGCCCAAAUGAAGACCCUGCUGCAGGCCACUGGCUUCCCCUACCACAUAGUCCACCUGGAGGAGGCGCUGGAGCUACCCCCAUCCAUCUUACAGCCGGGGCCAGAGCGCUCCGGUGCGUCCAGCACAUCCGGCUCUUCCUACAAGGAGGCUGUGGACAGCUUCAUCCAGCAGCAGAGGCAGGAAGGGGGCAGGGACAGUGCCACCUCUAGCCACAGCACCCAGGACAUACCAGCAGGACCCUCAGCCACCUCCCACCUGCCUGACCCUGCCCAGACCCAGGAGCUGCUCCGAGUCUUCGAGGCUGUGGAGACAACAACAGCACGGGAGGAGCUGCUGCAGAUGCUGCGGACCCACCUGAUCCUGCAGACAGCCCGGAGCAGGGGCUAUCCCAAGGUGAUGAUGGGUGAGACCUGCACACGCGUGGCCAUCAAGCUCCUCACUAACCUGUCGCUGGGUCGUGGUGCCUUCCUCGCUGUUGACACGGGCUUUGUGGACAACCGCCAUGGCGACGUGAUGGUGGUGCGACCCAUGCGGGACUACACUUCCAAGGAGAUUGCUUUCUACAACCACUUCUUUGGUGUCCCCACUGUCAUUGUGCCACCUCUCUUCACCAAGCGCCGGGAGAAGCCAAGCAUCCACCACCUGGUCCAGGACUUCCUCCUGGGACUGCAGGAAGAUUUCCCCUCCACCAUCAGCACUGUUUACCGGACAGGGGAGAAGCUGAGCCCAGAGCCAGCCAAGGCCAGCAGUGAAGAGCAGCGCUGCCUCCUCUGCCUGUGCGGCCUGGAUAUUGAAGGGGAGGAGGUGUUGGCCCUGGAGCCUACGCUGAUCGUGGAGGAGCCGAUGAGGAAUGGGGCUGAGAGCAAAGCUGCCUACAUCCCCCUGCUGUGCUACAGCUGCCGCCUCACCUUCAAGGAGCUGGGGCCCCUGGCCACACUGCCACCCUACAUGCGUGCCGAGGCCCAGCGCAGGCUGCAGAGAGCAGAGAUGGAGCAGGAGCCCAGCAAGAGUUGA